AUGGCCAGCCGACCCCACAGCGAUCCCACCAAAAUCCUUGAAGAUCAGGCUCUCAUGGCUGCAUGGGGUAUCAAUGGAGGAGAUGAAGGUCGAGUACAUGGAGAUGGUGACCAGAAGAUUGUCGAUGCAUUCGAUGAACUCAAGAAGAAAAGAGGAGGGGAUAAUCCGCCAAAUUGGCUUCACAGGCUAUCCGCUACCCGUCCUGCUCCGGCUUGCGCGCUUGGUCGCUGCCAAAGGCACCCUGCAGAUAUCAUUCUAUCUUAUUCACACCACAACCUGCAAAACCACUCCUUUGAAGCGUUUGCUCCUUUGCUCUCAAAACAGGGUCAAGCAGCUGCUCACCGCUUCUCCGUUCAAUAUGGGUUAUCUGACCGAUCGUAUGCCAGCAUGGCACCCCGCCCCUCCCGAAAUGGUGUCCUUGAGGACAAUCGACUCCUGAAGUUGACUGAAAAUUGGCCUGGGGGACUCCCUAAUCUUGCAGCGGGAUACGCUUUCAGGCGAAAUUCCGGGUGA